GGUGUUCGAGGAAAAAGAUCAUAAGGUCAUUCAGCGAGGAAACCGUAGUUCCAGAGACCGAGGCUGAAGGUGAAGAUGCGUCUUCCUCGCCGCAGGCCAUUGCUGAUGAGACCGUUUCGGUUCCAGUGUCCCCUUCAGACGCCCUCACCAUGUUCUUCCGCGCGGAAGGAACCAUGAAUGACGCAUCAAUUCCUCAAGUGACCAAGGCUUUAGAGGAAAUAGAAGGUAUAUCAGAUCUCAAAGUUCAAGUUGUCGAGAGCAUGGCAAGUGUGGAGUUGACAAAGCAAACAGCAAUACAAGCUACAGGGGUGGCUUCAAGUUUAGUUGAGACUAUACAAGGUUCAGGCUUCAAGUUGCAAACAUUGAAUUUGAGCUUUAAGGAUAUUGAAGAUCUGUAAUAGACUUGGCAUGUGAUCAUGCUUCCAGAAUGAGUAUGCUUUCCCUUUGGCAUUGCUGCCAGCUAAGUAGGCAUGUGUUGUUACUUGUUAGUAUCAUGCUUAAUAAAAUACAUUUCCAUAGUUAUAUGGUUCUUUUUGGGUUAAUUGUUACUUAGGUUGCUUAUGUAAUCCAGUUUGUAAUUGUCUUGUUAUAACAGAAUUUUUUUUUGUAGUCCUUUAAUUUUUUUCCUGUAGUUUAAGAAUGUGUUCAGUUUUAACAAAAAGGUAAAACUAAUGGUUGGAUUGCACAUUUACUACUAUGAGUGUUACUCCUAACUCAAACAUGUCUUUUUA